AACGAGCGCGGGUAUUGUAGUGCCCCGGAUGUUGACAAUAAGUGACUCUUGAGAGAUAGGCUGUGUCUCCGCGUUACUUGAUAUUGAUUGAAGGUUCUACCUGGGUGUUUAUUCGCUGGUAAAUUUAGACUCGUUAUCGCAAUGACGGCUUCUCCAGAUAACGUUAAUAUUGCAAUGCAACCGAACAUGGCGCAGCAACAAAACCAAAUGAUGAUGCCACAGGGGGUUAUGGUUCCACAAGGCCUACCCCCGGGAUUAGCUUACCUUGGUGCUUUGGAUGAGGUUCGGAUCCAUCAGCAUUUGGAUGUACUUGAAGUGAUGGUUGGUUGGGAGAGAAACAACAAAUACAGAUUAUGUAAUAACCAGGAACAACAGUUCAUGUACGCCAAAGAAGAUACAGACUGUUGUACGCGACAGUUCUGUGGACCAGCCAGACCCUUCGUCAUGGACAUCAUGGACAACAACAUGCAGCCCUUGAUCCGCGUCGAUCGUCCAUUCAGGUGCCAAGCCUCCUUCAUGUGGUGCUGCUACUUACAGGAAAUGGACAUACAGAGCCCCCCAGGCGUUUCCAUAGGAACAGUCAAGCAACUCUGGACUCCAUGGAAACCCCGUUUUGAGGUCCUCGAUAGCCAGGGUCAGCAGAACUUUAUCAUUGAGGGCGAGUGCUGCUUCUGCCUACCUUGCAGGGACAUUAUCUUCAAGGUGACUGAUCCAAAGGAACAGGAAAUAGGAGAAAUCAUCAAACACUGGGGAGGGUGCAGGGAAAUCCUGGGAGCCGUCAACGACUUCAAAGUCACUUUUCCUGCUCAACUUGAUGUCUUCAAGAAGGCAUUGCUUUUAGGAGCUGUGUUUUUAAUCGACUUCAACUACUUCGAAAGAAACAGAAACCAGUAAAACACCAAGGAUUGCCUAGACAAGGGAAAAUGACAUGACACAUUACAAAUGAGGAUCCCAUCAUAUAUCUAUAUUGUCUCCAGAUGUACUAUCCCAUCUUUUACUUUUAUGGACUCCAAAGAAUGACAGUAUACAGUGUAUAUUAAUGUAAUUUUGACUUGAUGCAAAAAAAUUUAUCCAGUUUACGCAUUAGAAAUGAUAUUUUAAGAGAGAAAUCUGCAUUUUUUAACUUCCGUGAUGUUGUGUGUUUUAUGAUCUAUUUGUUUUUAAUAGACAAAAGGCCAUUUUACCAGUUAUACAGUUGAUUUUCAGUAUUCAUUUACAGUGUAGCAACCUGCAGGAUAGUUCUUAAUAUCCUCCAACUGUUUCUUCCAAUGCAAGUGGACUGUAAUGUACUGGCAAAGUAGCUUUUUUAUUAACUCAGUAUUUUGUACGUGAACACUGUAGAUUCCUUAUUUAAUGCAAGUACUUAAUUCUGCGAUUCACCUGUUUGGCAUCAAAUUGCGUGAAUAUAAAAUCGAAAACGCCAAAACUUUAUCUUAGUUUCCUUAAGUUUAAGUUUAGUUAUGUCCAAAAAAUAAAAGAGAGAUUUAAAAUCUGCGAGAUAUUCUUCACCCAGUUUAACGCAGAUAUAAUUCCUUGCAUUUAACUAGGAAUCUACAGUAAUGUAUAUAUAUGCUAACUAAUUGUGUAAGAUAAAAACUCAGUUUAAUCUGUUAUGUCAAUAGAAUUUGCCUUGUCGAAUUUACAUACUAAGUAUGAAUUACAUUUUAUUUUCAUAUUUUAGAUUUUGGCAUUCAUAUAGCCUUUUUUAAUUCUCUGUAGAAAACUCUAUGAUUUGUUGAUUCUUUUUUCAAGUUCAUGUUAUGCAUGUAGCAUAUAUGCCAACAGUUUUUGUAUUCGAGUUUUACAAGUAAAAAUGCUAGUUUUAAACUACCGGUAUAUAUAUAUAUAUAUGUGGAAUGCAAUUUCUAUUUAUUCAUUUUACUCUAAUGGCCAUGUACAUGUAUAUACAAGACAAUUCUUAAAUCAGUACUGACACCAUGUGAUUGUGUAAGAUAGCUUUAGAACACUCAUUAACUUACAUUUGUCUAAUGUGAUAAGUUUUGGGGCCAUACAGGACACUACAGCACAAUCAAUAGCCUCCCUGAUAUCCAGUUUACUCAUCGUUUAGUUUUAUCCUUUUACCAUAUCCGUGUUUUAUACCUACUGAUAUAAAUCAACAUUUUUAUCGAGAUGUAUAUGUAUUGAUUCAAUUUAAAUUUGUUGUAUAAUUCUUAUUAAAUAUAGUUUCAGUUA